AACAGGGUUUGGGUUGAGCAAAGCUCAACGCCGAGGCAACAGGAAAUAAAAAGCAGCAACUCCAACACUUUUUUAAAAAAAAAAAAUCCGAUCUGAGGCCCAGAAUACAUGACUCAAGAGUGUGCAAUGAUUUAUUAAGUGUACCCUCCAUGUAUUUCUGUAAGACUUUUAAAAAAUGUUGUCCUUUCUCACCUCCUUUUUGCCGACUUCUUACCUCCUACCAGGAUGGCUGAUACUGGACAUGAACCCUCUGAUUGGUUUACUUCAAGGGCUGGUGGGAGCAUGUGGGAUUUCUGUGCUGUGCUCCCUCUUCAGAGUACAUCUAUUGAUAGAGGAGAGCUGGAAAGAAAAAAAUAAUGAAGGCACAUCAAGUGGGAGGUCAAGCAGUAAGCCAAUGAGAGCUAAACAUGGACUUUUUGGAAUGGUCCAGUUUCUCUUUGUGACUGGGAUACUGGCCAUUGUGGGGUCCCGUGUGGCGUCACUGGUGGUACUGGAAUUCUGCCUGCGAGCCGUCUCUGGCCUGCUUACAGCUGGAUCGGAAACCAGGAAGUUUCUGCAGCAGCUGCUAGUGCAAAGCCAGUUCUCCUUGGGCUGUGCCAUCAGCUGCAGUUUGCACUUUCUCCACGAGGGGGCAUCCCAGCGCUGGCUGUGCCUUCUCCUGGCAGCAGCUCUCAGUUGGUAUCUGGCAAAAAAGGCAGCAGCCCUACUGCAUCAUGUCAUUGCUCUGUAUAAGCUGCACAGCUCCCAGCGCUACUGCGGCAUUUGCAUCAGCCUGCUCACAUCAGGCUGCUAUCUGCAGCCCAUGAUUUGCAGGACUAUGACCAUUGCCUUUUUUGUGGCCGUGCUGGCAGCCGUAUCGAUCAUCAACCAACAGUUUCUCUCUGCAACCGAGGCCUUGAGGUUCUGGACACCGCUGACUAUCUGCUACACAUUGUUGGUGGUGUACAUGCAGGAAGAACAGCAUCGUCUGCCGAGCAGCCAGGUUGUCCUCAAUGCAGUUGUCGUGCGUCUCGGGGGUUUGAUGGUCCUGAUGCUGACUGUGGGACGCUGGGCCGAUGUUUUCCACAUCCUAAUGUGUUUCCUCGGUGAGGCCAGCUGUCUCAUCCCAAACAUGGAUCUGCUGGAUGCAGCAUCCUCGCAGGACGAAGAGGAUUUUAUAAACUAUGCAAGAAGAGAUCGUCGACAAACAUCACAAACACACGCGAAGCAGCAUCCGAGAUAGCAUGGACUAUUCUCAAGAGGUCAUAAUAUGUAAACAUAAGAUUUUUGCAAUGUUUACUUAGACCUGUACUGUUAUUGUACUGCAAUUUGUCAUAAAAUUCCUCCCAUGUUAUUUAAUGCAGUUGCUCCGCAGAAGUGACAAUAGAUCACUACUACCUACUACACUUACAAUUUUUAUGAAUGAAGUCAGAAAUUUGACAUAAUACCUGAAAAUAUGGUUAAUUGGAAAAAAACUCAGUUCUGGGAAUAUGGGUGACCUUGUAACUAAAGAGCCCUGUAUAUUUUUACUUUUUUUUUUUUGCUUAAAUAUUAGUCUGAAUUGUAUUUUGGCUUGUAUAAAAAAUAUAAACCAGAUUUCUAUGUAAAAGCCA